AUGGAGCCAGGACGCCCCGGGGAGGGGAGGGCGGACGGGGCUGCGGCGCCCCCUGGCGGUGCGGAGAGCGUGGCCUGCAAGGCGCGGGUGCGUCGGGAGCAGAUCGUGGUGUCGGACGUGUCGGCCACCAUCGAGCCGGCGGCCACCGCCAUCGAGGAGAGCUCGCCGGUGGUGCUGCGGUACCGCACGCCCUACUUCCGCGCCUCGGCCCGCGUCCUCAUGCCGCCCAUCGCCCGGCGGCACACCUGGGUGGUGGGCUGGAUCCAGGCCUGCAACCACAUGGAGUUCUACAACACCUACAGCGACCUCGGCGUGUCAAGCUGGGAGCUGCCCGACCUGCGAGAAGGAAGAGUAAAAGCCAUCAGCGAUUCAGAUGGCGUGAGCUAUCCCUGGUAUGGAAACACCACAGAAACUGUGACCCUGGUCGGGCCCACUAACAAGAUCUCCAGGUUCUCGGUGAGCAUGAAUGACAAUUUCUACCCCAGUGUGACGUGGGCUGUCCCUGUCAGCAACAGUAAUGUGCCACUGCUGACCAGGAUUAAAAGGGACCAGAGCUUUACCACGUGGCUGGUGGCCAUGAACACCACCACCAAGGAAAAGAUCAUCUUGCAGACUAUAAAGUGGAGGAUGCGAGUGGACAUUGAGGUUGAUCCCAUGCAACUGCUGGGGCAGCGGGCACGGCUGGUGGGAAGGACUCAGCAGGAGCAGCCCCGGAUCCUCAGCAGGAUGGAGCCCAUCCCACCAAACGCACUAGUGAAACCCAAUGCCAACGAUGCCCAAGUCCUCAUGUGGAGACCCAAGCGAGGCCAGCCUAUAGUCGUGAUACCUCCCAAGUAGAGCAGCGCCCGGGCACACACGUGAGGACCUGGGUGCUGCCAGCCUGCUGCAAACGAAUGGGGUUUCUGAGCCAAAGCAGACCUCUUGGGUUCUCCUGCCUUUGUAGCUGUGGUGGUUGGAAAUACGGUUCUUCCUUAGUCAGAAAGAGAGCCUGGCCGGCACAGGGGUGGGAAGAGGGAUCGCUGAGCUGGAGGAUUUCCCAGGAAGAGGAAUUGAGUACUUCUAGAGUCUUGUGGCUGGCAAAGAGGCUGUCUGACCUAAAUGACUGGUCUUUCCUUGCAAGGCCAUGCAAGGAGCAUGAGUAUGAUCGAACUGUGCCUGUGGCAAAAUGCUGCUUUCCACCCAACCGGAGGCAGAAAUGGAGACCGUGCCUGGUGGACGCGGAGGGUCCUGCGGUGACCCUUCCCGCCAGAGCACGGGUGUCCCCGCGGUGUCUAUACCUAUGCAUUUUGGAUUGAUAAUCGACCCCUUGUCCUGCUCACUGGGACUGGGCAGGAGGGCCCAGGAGCAAAGCAGGAGCUGGCAGAGCCAGGGCGCUGAUCCGGAGCCCGGCAUGAGCUGUUGCUGCUCCCCAGGAGGGGUUUUCCGCAGCCGAGGGGAAGUGGGGUGUUUUGCAUGUGUUUGGGUGUGUUUGGAGUAGUUGUGAGUGUAGGAGAUGACAUAGCUCUUUUCCGUCUUGGAGUGAGAUCUAAGGGCAGGUUAGAUGUCCUUUGCUUUUAAGGUGCACUAAAUCUUUGCAGUUCCUCA